AUGGCAGUGGGCGUGGCGCGGGCUUGGUUCCGGAGUGGUUCCUCCCUUGAUGGAGGCCAGCCCGGACCCCAAAAACAAAAGGGGACUCAGGACCCUCGCGGCGGCGCUCCCGCGCUGUCGCUGGGUCCGCUCUUCUUCGCCGUCGGCGAAGCCGCCGUGGGCUCCGACUACUCCCUCAACAUCCACGAUUACUACGAGGGCACCCAGUUCGUCGCGCCGCCCUACCUCACCAACUUUUCUGAGCACGUCAACGCCCUCGAGAUCGAGUAUUUCGAGUUCUUCAAGCAGUUGGCCCCCCUGAGGAAUUACCUGAACAACGCCAUUGACGCGGUCCUCGGGAAGCCUCCUAAGCCGCCCGUGUACAAAAACUACUGCGCGGCGACGAAGCUGAGCAUCAACAUCUAUUACCAUGUCAUUGUCUCCAAGGAGAGCGAUUUCAGCAAGGUCACCCACCAGCAGAUUAGGAACCAGACGGCAUACCUCAACAAGGUUUACGGAAAGCUCGAUAUCAGCUUUGUCCAAAGGGACGUCAACUACCGCGUCAACGCGAAUUUCGCCACAUCCAAGUUUAACCAGAAGCAUGCCCACCGCCGCUUCUCCAGGUCCGGCACCUACGCCGACCUGAAUGUCUGGAUCACGGAAGAUGUUCCCGGUGACACCCCUGGGGAGUCCACCAUCGGCUAUGCCAUGUUCCCCGACGCCACCCUCAACGCCUACGAGCGCAGCUUCGACGGCGUCGUCAUGGUUAGGGAUACCCUCCCCGGCGCCGGCGUCGACCUGCGCCACGAAGGGUCCAACCUUGCCCACGAAAUCGGCCACUGGCUGGGCCUACGCCACGUCUUUGACGAGUCCAAGGCCGAUGAUACUUCGUGCACCCAGAAUCCCGAUACCGAUCUUAUCCAGGACACCAAGAUGUUCCCGGCCUACCGUCCCGAUAUCUUUGAUAACUUGCAAGCACCCUGCGGCGAGAGGGGCGCGGUCCUGCAGUAUAACUUUAUGAGUUACUCCAGCAUCAAGGGUGAAGAUGGCUUCGGCUUCACCACCGGCCAAAAGGCUAGAAUCUACGCCCGCUUCCUCGGCGUCCGCCGCGGUAUCAAGAACCAGGCCGACUGCAUCGUCAACCCCAUCCAGAGCCGUGCCACCAUUGAGCACCCCUGCCCGCGCAACAACGAAAACAUUGUCGACAUCAGCCUUGACGACUCGCCCGAUCCCAUGUACCCCGAGUACCCCCCUCCCUCUGCCGGCUCCACGGAUUGUCUUGAGCGUGCGCCGCCGGCUAUCCGUGUCCCCGACGUAGAUGCUCCUGGAACAGGCACUUGCUCGUGCCCUGCGCCGCCUACCUGCCCCGGCGACAAGCCCGGCGACAAGCCCGGCGAGAAGCCUGGUGAUAAGCCUGGUGACAAGCCCGGAGACAAGCCUGGUGAUAAGCCUGGUGACAAGCCCGGGGACAAGCCUGGUGACAAGCCUGGUGAUAAACCUGGUGACAAGCCUGGUGACAAGCCUGGUGACAAGCCCGUCGAUACCACCGGCUGCCCGGCUACAUGCAACCCUCACAACAACCAAUGCCACAUCAGCACUUCCCAAACUUGCGUGUAUCCCGCUCCUCUCCUCAGUUCCGCUCCCCGCUCCUACUGCGCCUGCCGUCCCGGCUAUAAGAGCGCCUACGGAACCGACUCGACCAAGAACUGGAGGAUCCCGAUUCGGGGCAUCCAAAACUUUGUCUGGGUCGCCGAGGGAGUGACGUGUGAUGUGCUCUGCGAUACGGUCGGAUGCGAGGAGGUGCCUUCUGUUUCCGAGGUAUGCGCAUAA